AUGGGUCUCCUUUAUCGCAAUCUUCGCAUUUACCAACUUUUUGGGGCAAAUACGGAUGUGGGAAAAACGAUAUUUGCGACAGCUCUUGUGCGUGGUGCAGCCGCCCGUAUUAAGCACUUAGAAAGCGAAGCCCCCAACCCGGAGAUAGCACCGUCUGGGGUCUAUUAUCUCAAACCGUGUAGCACCGGGCCGCCGGACGAAGCAGACGAUCGACACGUGAAGCGCUUUUCAGGGCCGCAUCACUCGAGCAUAUACACUUCAUGUUUGUACCAGCUUCAGGACCCUGUCAGCCCCCAUCUAGCAGUAAAGAUGGCAAAUGCACGGCAAGCAGCCGUAUCAAGAGGAAGACCCGUCGAUGAAUUCAUCAAACGGAUUUCAACCCAUGUUAGAGAAGUGGCUAGCCAAAGUGGACCUUUCUCGUGGUUGUUUGUUGAAACAGCCGGGGGCGUACACUCCCCUUCGCUCUCCGGUACGCCUCAAGCUGAUGCUUAUCGACCCCUCUUUCUUCCUACACUUCUGGUUGGGGACUCCCGUUUAGGAGGGAUUUCGUCCACCAUAUCUGCCUAUGAAUCCCUCACUCUCAGAGGCUACAUGAUUGAAGCAAUUCUGGUCUUCAAAGAUGAGUAUUACAAAAACUGGGAGUAUUUGAAGGAGUACUUUGAGAAUGGAAAAGGAAGGGAGAAAGUGGACGUUUUCUCUGUCCCAUCACCUCCUCCCAGAUCGGACAUUCUUAGCAAGGAUGUCACGCUACUUGACAAGCAUUACGCGGAGCUGGCAGACGAACCAUCCCCUAGUUCACCCAUGUCAGAUCUUCUUAAAAGUCUGGACACUAAGCAUAUUGCACGGCUGGAGAAGUUGGAAUCGAUGCCGCAGCGAUCGAUUGAUGCUCUCUGGUGGCCAUUCCUUCAACAUGAAGGCUUGCGCAAGAGCGAUAUUGCAAUCAUUGACAGUGCUCAUGGUGAUUUCAUGAGCAUGGCUCAGCCAUUCUCGCCGCCCUUGAGAGGAGCUUGGAAAUCCCAUAUCCCCUCGUUCUUCGAGCAGCGGUUUGAUGGCUCUGCCUCGUGGUGGACCCAAGCCGUGGGUCAUGCUCAUCCGUCACUUGCCCUUGCUGCGGCUCGCGCAUCGGGACGUUAUGGCCACGUCAUAUUCCCAUCAGCAACACAUGAGCCAGCUCUUCAACUUGCGGAGAGGCUCUUACACAGGGGACCUGGUGCAGGAUGGGCGGACAAAGUAUUUUUCUCUGACAACGGGUCGACUGCUGCAGAGGUUGCACUGAAGAUGGCAAUGCGUGCUGCUGCUCUCCGCUAUGAGAAGCUGAAAAAGAACGGUCCAUGGAAAGGGAAGGAAAUGCACGUAAUAGGCAUAAGCGGCUCCUAUCACGGGGAUACUAUUGGAGCCAUGGAUGCAUGUGAAGGCGGUGUAUACAACAGCUCAGUGGAAUGGCAUCGCGAGCGAGGGUCCUGGAUCCAGCCUCCGAAGGUCGCAAUCAGAAACGGAAAGCUUGUCAUCGCACUUCCUUCAUCCUUCCGUCAGGGUGCUGGAAGAUUCUUCUUCGAUAUAUCUCAGAGUCGUGUGGAUUCCCCCAUUACAAAGCUAUACUUGGAGAGCAUUCGCACUACGUUGACAAGCCUUGCCUUAGGCCACGGUUCAUUUGGUGCUCUCCUCAUCGAGCCGUUAGUGAUGGGAGCGGGCGGCAUGACCUUUGUGGAUCCCCUUUUCCAACGACUGCUGAUAACAACGGUACGCUCAGAAUGGCCUCUACUUUCAGACUUUAAGCGGAACGCAAGUAUUGAAUUUUCCGAAGAGUGGCAUGGUCUUCCUGUCAUUUUUGAUGAAGUGUUUGUCGGUUUUUAUCGACUCGGAUUCCUCAGAGCGUCGGAUAUUCUUGGAGUAGAGCCCGAUAUAUCCAUUCACGCUAAAACUCUGACAGGUGGAGUUGUUCCCCUCUCUGUGACGCUUGCUCGGCAGAGCAUCUAUAACGCGUUUCUGGGUGAUACAAAGCCACAAGCGCUUCUUCAUGGACAUAGUUACACGGCCCAUCCGGUUGGCUGCGCUAUUGCUAAUGCGUCCCUUGACCUCAUCGAGGAUAUUGUCUCAAAUAGCAAAGAUUGGAAGGAAGCAAGGACUCGGUGGUCGUCCCGUUCGGACCCUAGACCCCCCGAGGUCCGAGGCGGAAUUAUGGAGUCUUGUGAGCCCAAGGUUUGGAGUCUGUGGGACCCUGGCUUUGUGACCGAACUUUCGUGCCGCCCUCAAAUUCGCGAAGUAAUGACGCUAGGCACCGUUCUUGCGUUCCGUCUUCACGACCCUCAAUCAAGCGAUGAAUCCUUCACGCGCGGUUAUCAAGCUACAUCAGCGGAGCACUUCAUGCAAGGAGUGCGGCGUGCAAUGAAAGAUGAUGGCGCGGAUUCUCAAUAUACAAUGCACUACCGAACCCUCGGCGACGUUGGGUAUGUUAUGUGCAGCUUAAACACACCGCCUCGCGUCCUGCGUAAUAUUGAAAAGGCCAUCUCGCGAACCUCACUGCGGUGGUGUUAG